AUGCUGGGGUCCCUCUUACUUCUAGCACCCCUUGCAGGGGCCGCAGUCAUUGGGUCCCGCGCGGACAGCCAAGACUGCCCCGGCUACAAGGCAUCGAAUGUCCGUGAGCGAGGCAAUUCCUUGACUGCCGACCUGACUCUUGCGGGGAAACCCUGCAACAGCUACGGCACGGACUUGAAGCAUCUGAAGCUACUGGUCGAGUACCAAACUGAUGAACGUCUUCAUGUUAUGAUUUAUGAUGCCGAUGAACAAGUUUACCAGGUCCCCGAGUCGGUGCUACCCCGUGUAGGUGGGCGCCACAGCUCUGAAGACGACUCCGUGUUGAACUUUGACUAUGAAGAAGAGCCUUUCUCUUUCACUGUCUCCAGAGGAGACGAGGUGCUUUUUGAUACUUCUGCAUCAAACCUCGUCUUUCAGUCGCAGUAUUUGAAUAUUCGUACCCGCCUUCCUGAGGAUCCUUAUCUGUAUGGUCUAGGAGAGCAUAGCGACCCUCUGCGCUUACCGACGGAGAAUUACACCCGCACUCUCUGGAACCGGGAUGCCUACGGGACCGGUGAAAAUACUAACCUCUACGGGGCCCACCCCGUAUACUACGACCAUCGUGGAAAAUCUGGUACCCAUGGCGUUUUCCUGUUGAACUCCAAUGGCAUGGACAUCCGCAUCAGCAAGUCCGAGGAUGGUGAACAGUAUCUCGAGUACAAUGCUCUUGGGGGUAUUCUGGAUUUCUACUUCUUUACCGGAAACACUCCCAAGGAGGCAAGCAUCGAGUAUUCGAAGGUGGUCGGCCUCCCGGCUAUGCAAAGCUACUGGUCUUUCGGUUUCCAUCAAUGCAAAUACGGCUACCGCGAUGUAUAUCAGGUUGCCGAGGUGGUCUAUAAUUAUAGCCAGGCUAAGAUCCCACUGGAGACAAUGUGGACCGAUAUCGACUACAUGGAUCGCAGAAAGGUCUUUACUCUCGAUCAAGAGAGGUUCCCCAUAAAUAGAACGCGUGAGCUUGUGGCCUAUUUGCAUGAGCAUGAUCAGCAUUAUAUUGUCAUGGUUGAUCCCGCUGUAAGCACAGCUGAAAACGCAGCUUUCGAGAGAGGUUUAGAGCAGGAAAUAUUCCUUCAGACCCAGAAUGAUAGUCUCUACAAAGGCGCCGUGUGGCCUGGUGUGACCGCAUUCCCGGACUGGUUCCAUCCUGACAUCCAAGACUACUGGAAUGACGAGUUCGCAAGAUUCUUCGAUGCUGAUACUGGUGUUGAUAUCGAUGGACUGUGGAUCGACAUGAAUGAGGCGUCCAACUUCUGCCCUUACCCCUGCCAGAACCCAGAAAAAUACGCCGUGGAAAACGAACUGCCGCCAUCGCCGCCACCUGUUCGUCCAGGCAGCCCACGACCACUGCCCGGAUUCCCUGACUCCUUCCAGCCUUCCUCAUCCAAGAGAUCGUUCAAGAGAGCAUCGCCAGGAAAAGGACGUAAGAUAGGCUUGCCUGGGCGUGACCUUAUUAACCCGGCCUACAAGAUCCAGAACGCCGCAGGGUCUCUUAGCAACAAGACAAUCAACACCGACGUCAUACAUGCUGGCGAGGGAUAUGCCGACUACGACACCCAUAACCUGUAUGGUACAAUGAUGAGCUCCGCGUCCCGAGUUGCCAUGGAGCAGCGUAGACCUGAUGUGAGGCCUCUAAUUAUCACCCGCAGUACAUUUGCCGGUGCUGGUGCGCAUGUUGGUCACUGGCUCGGUGACAACCUGAGUCAAUGGAGCCAGUACCGGUUCUCCAUCUCCCAGAUUGUUGCAUUUGCAUCCAUGUUCCAGGUUCCCAUGGUCGGUGCCGAUGUGUGCGGAUUUGGCAGCCACACAACGGAGGAGCUUUGCGCGCGCUGGGCCUCUCUAGGAGCCUUUUAUACAUUCUUCCGUAACCACAACGAGAUCGGUAGUAUCUCCCAGGAGUUCUACCUCUGGCCCACCGUGGCCGAGUCCGCUCGCAAGGCCAUCGAGAUCCGGUAUAAGCUUCUGGAUUACAUCUAUACCCAAUUUCACCGACAGAGCACAACCGGCGAGCCCUUCCUGCAACCCAUGUUUUAUUUGUACCCCGAGGACAAGAAGACCUUUUCCAACGGCUUGCAGUUCUUCUAUGGUGAUGCCAUUCUAAUUAGUCCCGUGACCGAGGAGAAUCAGACCUCGGUCACCGCAUAUUUCCCCAAGGACAUCUUCUACGACUGGUACACCGGUGCGCCCCUGCGCGGCAAGGGCACCAACGUGACGCUCUCUAAUGUUGACAUCACGCAUAUCCCCAUCCACAUUCGUGGGGGUAGCAUCGUCCCCGUCCGAUCAUCCAGUGCUAUGACCACGACGGAGUUGCGACAGAAGAGCUUCGAGUUGAUCGUUGCCCCUGGCCUGGAUGGCACUGCUUCGGGAAGUCUGUACCUGGAUGACGGAGACUCGCUGAAGCAGAAGAGCACGUCGGAAGUGCAGUUCGAAUACCGUCGGGGCACGCUGUUCGUCAAGGGCAAGUUCGAUCGCAAGGCGGACGUGAAGAUCCAAGCAGUCACGGUUCUCGGACAUUCACGCGUGUCUACUGCCAGCUCAGAUUCCGAGGAAACCGGAAGCCAGAGAGUAACCAUCCCGACACAGGUGGAGCUUACUGGACCGACUGAGGUGCCGCUGAACUAA